CCCUGCGAAGCCAGGUGGAGGCGGGGCCGGCGGGCCGGUUGCUAAGACUUGGUGAAGCGCAGAGCUCGCUCCCGUCUCUUCAGGUGACUACAGGCUUCAGCCCCACCGGGUCAUCACAGCGGAAAUGUCUGGGAAGGAGAACAACUUCCCGCCGCUGCCCAGCUUCGUGCCCCUGAAGCCCUGCUUCUACCAGGACUUCUCCGACGAGAUCCCCAUCGAGCACCAGGUCCUGGUGAAGCGGAUCUACCGGCUGUGGCUCUUCUACUGCGCCACCCUGGCAGUCAACCUCGUCGCCUGCCUUGCCUGGUGGAUCGGCGGUGGCUCGGGAGCCAACUUCGGGCUGGCCCUGCUCUGGCUGCUGCUCUUCUCCCCCUGCGGCUACGUGUGCUGGUUCCGGCCCGCCUACAAGGCCUUCCGGGCUGACAGCUCCUUCAAUUUCAUGGCGUUUUUCUUCAUCUUCGGAGCCCAGUUUGUCCUGACUGUCAUCCAGGCCAUCGGCUUCUCAGGAUGGGGCGCCUGUGGUUGGCUGGCAGCGAUUGGAUUCUUCCAGACCAGUGUCGGGGCUGCCGUGGUCAUGCUGCUUCCGGCCAUCAUGUUCACCAUGUCGGCCGCCAUGAUGGCCAUCGUGAUCAUGAAGGUACACAGGAUCUACCGGGGAAACGGCGGAAGCUUCCAGAAGGCGCAGACCGAGUGGAGCACGGGCACUUGGCGGAACCCGCCCUCUCGGGAGGCCCAGUUCAACAACUUCUCCGGGAACAGCCUGCCCGAGUACCCAGCUGUGCCCAGCUACCCAGCCAGCGGUAGCCAGUGGCCUUAGUGGGGGCUGCCACCCACCUGUCACUGCCGGCCCAUCUCUCCCAACCCUCUUGUAGCCCUUUUGGGUCCCAAGAGGCCCCAAGUGGCCGUCCCCUGUCCCUCCCAGGUGGCGGGCAGGCCCCUCCCCCAACUAGGACAUCAGCCACUGUUGGUGGCCACCAGGAGCUCCGUCAGCUGGGACCACAGACCCCAGCAGCUCUCGGGGACCCAUGCUCAUGCUCAUCUCACAUCCAAGAGCGGAGCUCCUGGCAAUCACUGCCCAGGAGCCAGCCAGCCCCUGCUGUCCCCCAGAAAGAUGUCCCUCCUACUCCUGCAAAGGUUUGGUCACCAUGACAUCCGCUGCGGCAGUCACUUCCUUCUCCUCAGGGUCUUGGGGGCUGACCCCUGCCUCCCCAGGAAGUCAGGGAGGCUGAUGGCACUGAGGAGGGCUCCUGGUGUCCACCCCACUGCCCCCAACCAAGUUGUCACCCUUGCCCAGUGCCCAGGAAGAUGGGGCCUUGGCACCAAGUUCCUGUCCCCCUCUGGAGACACAGGAACCUGACGCACGGCCAGGUCCUCCUUAUUUUUGUCCACUUGCAGCCAGAGGCUCUCGGACGAGCCCAUGGGGACAGCCAGAGGCCAGUUCACUGCCUCAGCGCCAUCAUCUUAGCUUCUCCCUGUCCGUCUGUCUCAGGCGCUCCGCACAGGGCCAUUGGCCGCCACCCUUUCAGCCUGCAGUCGCCCUCCCUGAGACGCUCUCUUCCCCAGAAUGGGGUUAAAACUGUCCCCUCACUGUCCAAACAGGAAAUCAUGUGCGUCUUGACAGACGGCUCAUGGCCCUGAGGCCCAGGCGCCGGGCUGGCCGCUCAGACUGUGACCCGCACGGCCCUUCUCUGGACGUGCAGGAGGCCGUGUUUCUCAGAGGAAGUGAGACGUGACAGGUCUCUGUGCCUUAUGGAGGAAGCCGGACACUGUCGCCGCGCUCCCCGCUGCUUCUAGCGCUCACGGAGACGAAGGGACUGGCGUCGUGUGGGCGACUCCGCAGCACCUUUGUGCACGGAUGGCCAAGGGAGGCGUCCCAGUGGCCUCUGGGCUCCUGGCUGCCCACCCUGUUGCACCGUGCCCCGCCAGGCUGCCAGCCUCCCCACAAGCCCCGGGGUGGCCCGAGCGUGUUCUCACACCGUGCUUGCUUGCUUUGGUUGCUUGUGCUGAAUGCAGCUUGGUGUCCAAAGGUGGCCUCAGUCACUGAGGAAGCACCCGGACCUGGGUCCCCGAAGGAUGAGGCUCCCCUGGAUGGCAAAUGGAAGCCUGGGGUCUCGUAAUGUCCCCAAACCAGCCUCCCGCAACCGACCAGAGGCCUGCGCGGCACUAACCAUGGGCCAAAUUUCGUCAUGACUGUGACGCCAGUGGUGACAGCUGGUUAACCAGGUGCAGGACGCACAGCUGGACUUGCCCAUAGCACACCCUUGGCCCGCUGUACUUGGCACCUUUGUAACGUUGUCGUAGUUUUUGUUAAGUGAAAAUAUUCUGGAAAUAAAUACAUUUUUUCUGCAGCA